GCUACUGGCUGUCAUAUUUGGUUGAGGUUGAUCGGGUUUGUGUCUGCUACGUACUUACCCUUUUUCACACCACACCUCACAGUGCUGCUGGAUUAGAGUCCUUCUUCUUCUUCUUCUUCUUCUUCUUCGUCUUCUCUCAUUGCUCUCUUAUUUCUUCUCUCUCUCUACUCUCUACCGCUCUCAAACUCUUCUUUCUAAGUUCCUUUGAUAAUGUAAAAUCAGAGGAAAGGAAAAAGCUACGCAGCAAACUUGCCUCUAAAUCCUUUUUGAGGGAAAGAAAGAAAACCCAGAAAGUUCCACACAAUGUCUUCUUCUACAGCUUUCUUCUUCUUUCUCGUCAACGUCUCCUUACUUUUCAUCCUCUCUUCCGCUGCGGAUCCAUUUGUUUCCUACAAUUUUGAGGUCUCUUACAUCACUGCCUCUCCACUUGGAGUUCCUCAGCAGGUCAUUGCUAUCAACAACAAAUUCCCUGGUCCUACUAUCAAUGUGACCACAAACAACAAUGUUGCCGUCAAUGUUCGGAACAAAUUGGAUGAGAGCCUCCUCAUUCAUUGGUCUGGGAUUCAGCAGAGGAGGAGUUCGUGGCAAGAUGGUGUUCUUGGCACGAAUUGUCCCAUUCCUUCUAAGUGGAACUGGACUUACCAGUUUCAGGUCAAGGAUCAAAUUGGAAGCUUUUUCUACUUCCCUUCCCUUCAUCUUCAGAGGGCUGCUGGUGGAUUUGGGGGUUUCAUUAUAAACAACCGACCCAUCAUUCCUAUUCCUUUUGAUACCCCAUAUGGGGACAUUGUCGUUUUUAUUGGAGAUUGGUACACCCGCAACCAUACGGACAUGAGGAAGGCCCUAGACGAUGGAAAAGAUCUUGGCAUGCCGGAUGGUGUUCUCAUCAAUGGGAAAGGCCCAUACCGAUAUAACGAUACACUUGUUCCUGAUGGCAUCGAUUAUGAAACAAUUGAAGUCCAUCCUGGAAAAACUUACCGACUUCGUGUACAUAAUGUUGGAGUGUCAACAAGUCUGAAUUUCAGGAUCCAGAGUCAUAACUUACUUCUAGCAGAGACAGAGGGGUCUUACACAGUGCAACAGAACUACACUAGCUUAGAUAUUCAUGUUGGGCAAUCUUAUUCUUUUCUGGUAACCAUGGACCAAAAUGCAAGUUCAGAUUACUACAUUGUAGCGAGUGCCAGGUUUGUGAAUGAAUCACGUUGGCAAAAAGUUACUGGAGUUGCUAUCUUGCGCUAUACAAAUUCCAAGGGGAAGGCGCAUGGUCCUCUUCCACCGGCUCCUGAUGAUCAAUUUGACAAAACUUACUCAAUGAACCAAGCAAGAUCCAUCAGAUGGAAUGUAUCAGCAAGUGGUGCUCGUCCUAACCCACAAGGGUCUUUCAGAUAUGGUUCCAUCAAUGUGACUGAGAUUUAUGUAUUAAAAAAUAAGCUACCUGAGAAAAUUAAUGGGAAGAGGCGAGCAACUGUCAGUGGAAUAUCUUUUGUCAAUCCUUCGACUCCAAUCAGGCUUGCUGACCAGUACAAAUUGAAGGGAGUAUACAAUCUAAAUUUUCCCACCAAGCCUAUUACUGGACCACCUCGUGCAGAAACAUCAAUCAUUAAUGGAACCUAUAGAGGAUUUAUGGAAGUUAUAUUGCAGAACAAUGAUACCAAGAUGCAUACCUAUCACAUGAGUGGAUAUGCAUUUUUUGUAGUCGGGAUGGAUUAUGGUGAUUGGUCUGAGAAUAGCAGGGGCACAUAUAACAAGUGGGAUGGAAUAGCUCGCACUACAGCUCAGGUUUACCCUGGAGCAUGGACUGCAAUUUUGGUUUCCCUUGACAACGUAGGAGUAUGGAAUCUCAGAACAGAAAACCUUGAUUCAUGGUACCUUGGUCAGGAAACAUAUGUCAGGGUUGUCAACCCAGAGGUUACCAACAAGACUGAGCUGCCCAUUCCAGAUAAUGCCCUCUUCUGUGGUGCCUUAAGUAAAUUGCAGAAGCCUCAAGAUAUUUCUUCUGCGGCAUCACCAAUCAAUGGGAAUACGCUGAAGCUGUUUUUCACCUGGCUGAUUGUAUCCGCCUGGAUCCAUAUAUUCCAGUAAAGAAGCACAUUCCGGGUCAUCCUCUCUUAGUUGCUUGCCGGUGGACCUUUUGGCUUGUUGGUGAGGUUUGUGGUUGAGUUCUUAGUUUUGUAAGUCUUGUUUAUAUUAUUGAUCUUGCAGUGGUUUUGACUUGUAUUCUUCCUAUUAGCUUUUAAUGCUUGUGGUUCCGAGUUUAAUUUAUUGGGAAUUGUGAUUCUUUUAAUGCCUAUAGUUGAUGUAGUAAUGACAAUUAAUCACACUAUCUCCAUACAUGUAACUUUACCUGCCGACGAGAUUUCCAUCGUGGUCACUCCUCCUUUCAUCUUUAUGGUUGUGUAAUUUUGUAGCCAUGCAAAAAUCAAAGAUGCAUGGACCCAACGGAAGAUUCUUCUCUAGUUGUUUUACA